GAAUAUGAUGAAAUAGUUACGUCUCUUUCUAACAACGAUGCUCUAUUCGAGCCGAUUGUUUCCUGAUAGAGAAGAAGCUAUACAAAGCUUAUUGCGUUCUCGCUUCCACUGAUUGGUUCGUUCCGUGCAGUGUUCAAUGUAAUCGUGUCACGCUGCCUCUUUCUCUCAGUAUAAUAUAGCUAUAGAACAUCUGUGGUGGCAGUAUGCACCGCUGGUUGGCUAGUAAAACAAAAUUGUGCAAGCGAGCUAGAGUACUUGAGAGUGGCGGUCGUAUGACUACGUCGAGUGAUGAAAUGAACUAAUUUCCGUAUACACGACUGAAAUUGACAAAAAUAGCGAGUUUAUUGUUUGAUAAAACGUGAAACACUAUUGUUUACAUCGCGUCCUGUGAACAUUAUUGUGGUUUUUAUUGAUAACAUCGAAGCUGAGCUCGCAUUGCAUGCUUUGGAAAACGCGCAAUUCGCGGAAAAUAUUUCCUAAAGAAAAACAUACAUGAUAAGGAGGGACGUCUCUAAAUCGAUCCCUCACCACUCAACAUUCCUCCAUGACGCUGUGAUCCACCAAGAUGUUCAAGCUAUUAGGGAACCUUAGUGUAUACUUCAAAUACCAGGACAUCAGAACCGACAAUGCCUUGUUCCGUCUCCACAACACCUUCACGACAGUGCUGCUGCUCACGUUCUCGAUAAUAAUAACAGCCAGCCAGUUCGUGGGGCAGCCCAUACAAUGUAUAGUGAGCGGGAUACCUGCCCAUGUGGUCAACACGUUUUGCUGGAUAACUUCCACGUUCGCAAUGCCCGAUGCCUUCGCUAGAGAGGUCGGCAAAGAAGUGGCGCACCCAGGCGUAAGGAACCCGUACGAUGGCACGACCGAGAAGAAAUACUACACGUACUACCAGUGGGUGUGCUUCGUGCUCUUCUUUCAGGCCAUAAUGUGCUACACCCCCAAGUUCCUGUGGGACUUCUUCGAAGGCGGGCUCAUGAGGACCAUCGUCAUGGGGCUGAACGUCGGCGUCUGCAAAAGCAAGGAGAAGGAGAAAAAGAAGGAACUGCUCAUCGGGUAUCUGCUGCGGUAUCAGAGGGAGCACAAGAUGUACGCGCUCCGCUACUUCGGCUGCGAGCUGCUCUGCCUCAUCAACAUCCUGGUGCAGAUGUGGCUGAUGGACAGCUUCCUGGGCGGCGAGUUCUUCAACUACGGCACCAAGGUGCUGGGCUACAGCGACGUGCCGCAAGAGCUGAGAUUCGACCCAAUGAUCUACAUAUUCCCGCGCGUCACAAAAUGCACGUUCCACAAAUACGGUGCAUCGGGCAGCAUACAAACGCACGACAGCCUGUGCGUGCUGCCGCUCAACAUGGUCAACGAGAAGACCUACGUGUUCCUGUGGUUCUGGUACGUCGCGCUCGCGACCUUGCUGUCCAUGCUGCUUGUGUACAGACUGAUAAUACUGUUCGUGCCAUCGAUCCGGCCGCGGCUCUUGCACGCUCGCUCGCGCUCGAUAGCGAUGGAAACUGCUGCCGCGGUCAGCAGACGCUCCGACGUCGGCGAUUGGUGGCUGCUAUACAUGCUGGCGAGGAACAUGGACCCGAUCAUAUACAGGGAAUUCAUAGCGGAGUUCUCAAAACGGCUCAGUGAGAAGCCCUCCUCGCGUGCGUGACGACCAGCCACUCCCUCCGUCUCCUUCGUCGGCGUGUGACGCGCCCGCUCUGAGUCUAGGGUACGCCUUGUAUAACUUCGAGGUAAAUCCUAAAUAAUUAGGUACCUGCACCUUGUAUAACUGCAAGGUACACCCUCUAUUACAUGUUAAAAGUUCAAUAAACCUUGUAUAAUUGCAAGGUACGAUGCGAUGUGUAUAGAUUGUCCAAAGUCCAAAGUACACCUUUAAAAUCUAGGUUGCUAUAACAUUUUUUUAGUUCAAAAUAAACCAUGAAAAAUUUCGCUAAAGUGUAAGGUACCUACUGUGUAUUUUGUUGAUAAGGUACAAACUGUAUAACUUCUGCAGCCUGAGGUACACUCUGUUUAACUUUUUGCAAGUCCAGUUCGGAUAUUAGAAACCAUAGUUUGUUUUGCCGCGUUUAUUUAUAAGUAACCAGGACUUUGAAAACUAAGUAAUACUCUUAAAUAUAAGGUUAGUUUUCGAAAUGGGAUGACAGUACUUUGUCCUUUUCAAAACAAAUAUUUUUUAUACUAACACAAACAUGCUUUUUAGUAACUUUUAACUUAAACCCUAAUUAUUUGCUUGUGCCUUAUGUUUUUUUUUUAAUGUUUGACAUAAAUUAAAAUAACCAGAAAUCUUAAAUUUGUACUCUAAAAUCAAUCAAUAAUUUUACUUUUCAUUUAGUUUUUAGCAUGGCACCUAUUAUUAACAUUAUUUUUAAUGUGUCAAACUAAUGUAGGCAAGUUAUUCUUCAACCUUAUGUUUAUCAGAAAUACAAAACCUGUAUUAUCAAAACAGUAUUUUUUUUAACAAUAAGGGGUAAAUUGGACUUUGGAUAGCGUUAUAUAGUUCGAAUUUUUGGUGCAAUUUAUAUUAACGGGCAAAACGCCUGCUGCAAUUGCAGCUUUUUAGACAUUUUUAAAGUAUACAAGCUCAAUUUUAUUCCGGAAUUUUUCUAGUUGUUUUAGUUAAGGUUUUAUUAAUGAAUCAAGUUUCUUGAAGUUUUUAGACUGAACAAGUCUAUGGCUUAUAUGGGGAAUUAAGCUGGAUUUUUACACAACUACUAAGGCUUAUUUCUGGGUAUAUAAAGCCUAGAAUAGCCAAGGGUUUAUUCGAGACAUCAGAAUGAUAGGUGUGUCGAAUAAGCCCGUAGCUCUAUGGGCACAAUUGCAUUGUUUUUAUGAAAGUGGCCGAAACAGUAAUAUUUUUAUUACUAUUUGACAUUUCGCCUUCAUAUUUAAUGCGAAAUUAAGUUUUAUUCCUUUUUUUUUAUACAUUUGUGGUCUUUUUUAAAUGCCAUUUUAAUUUAAAUUGGUUUUACUCUUUAUACAAAAUGUAUGGGUGUGUGUCACAGCUGAAAGGGGUUCAAAGGACUGCAAAGUUCGAUAUUCCUAUAAUUUUAUAUACACGAUAUAAUCUAUUAAUAUAUACGUUUAGUGUUGCCAGGAGUGUACAAAAUUCAUUCAAAUUUAGGUACGUAGGUUGUUAUUAUAAUCGAUUAGUGUAAUGUUGACAGGAUUUAUAAUUAAGGUGAGUUACACUGAAGAGAAUUAUGUUUGGUUCAAAAAGUUAUGAGUACUUUACAAUUUAGUACUAAUUAAUUAAGCAUCAGAGCGUAUUCUAUGGUCAUUUUGACAGUAACAUUCCUGUUUUUAAGUAUUUUUAUAGACAGUUUAAGUAGAGUAAAAUACCUUGUUAUUGAUUAAAAAGGCGAAGAGUAUUCAUUUGUUAAAUUCUUUAGUUCGGUUGUGAUGUGAGAAAUUAUAUAACUUAGGUUGUACAACUAAUGUCAAAAGAAAACUUCAGCGAUUUCGAAAAUGUGUGAGAAUUCCCUAUUUAAUCUAAAUACAAUAAUGAUCCAUAUAGGCUGGUAAAUACUGGUAAUGUGAUAUAUUUUACUACCAAAACAGUAUGAGUAGGAAAAAUUACUGUCAAGUUCAAGUUCCUCGUUCAUUGACUACAUAGUCCUCUUCAGUUUAGCUCGAUUAGUUAAGAUAUUGUAAGUCGGGGGCCGCUCACUGCCGUAUAUUCGUGAUCCCUGCUUACUGUGCUACUUUAGGCGCAGGUCUGUAAAAAGUUCAUUCCAAUUUAAGAACUGUUUCUAAAUCUAAUAUUCUGUAUAACCCUUUUUUCUUUCCCUCUACUUAUAAAAGUAUUGAUGUUUUCUAUAGGUUGCUUCACUCCUUUUUUUUAUAACACUUUCCCAUUUUCUAUUGUAUCCCGUCUGAUAAUAAAUAGUUCUCAGAUUGUAAUGAACGAAAACGUCCGAAUUUGGAACAAUAAGCCUAAUAUUUAGCUUGUAAUCGACAUUUUAUCACUAAUUCGGUUGCCAUAAGAUCGAGUUUUGAAUGAUACCGCGUGGGUAAAUAAUAUUUAAUAUAAUAUGGUUUUUUCUACAAAGUUUUGUAUUGAGAUCGUGACAAUAAAUGUGAUUUCAUAGUGUGAUAAAAAUGUCAAGAUGAAAAACAAAUCAAUUAAAUUAAUGUUAUAUUAUAAUCAUGAAAUUUUGUAAAUGGACAGUAUCAGUAUGCUAGAUUUUGUAUAAAUUAUUAUUUUCAGUUAAUAAUUGUUACACCUAUGACAUCCUUAACUAUUUUAUCACACUACAAAAUACCUAACAAGUAAUAAAAACUAUGGACUGAAGCAUUGAUCAUUAAUUAAGCAUAGAUCUGACUGAGAUCUGUAAAAGACAUCAUUUAAUCACCAACAUCAUUUUACAAAUCAAAUUCAAAAUAUUUUACUACAAGCCCUUAUUGGGUGUCGUAAUUUAAGAAUCUCGAAUAACCUUUAGAUAUUGUGUUCAUUGAAGUGGCCUAUAAUGUAAACAAAUAUACAGUAUUCGGCAUGUAAUUUAGAUGUAAACAACAUUGAGACUCAAAUGUAAAAGUUAAACUACUCAUACAAGUCUUUGUUUACAUUGACCACUGCUAUUGAAUACACGUAGUAAAACAAGUUUUUUCAGCAAAAAUCACAUAAUUAUUGGUUAAUAUUGAUUCAUAACCAAAGUACUCUCUCAUCAACAUUUAUUUAAUA